CUCUCCUCCCACUUUCUCUCUCUCUUUUUUUUUUUGGUGGUGUGAGGAGAGAGAGAGAGGAGAAAAGAUGGACAGAGAAGAAGACAAUUACAAGCAAACUCUGAGAUCACCUCUCAUUGAUAACAAUAUCCAAGGACAUGGAGAAGAUGGAAUACAUGAAGAGAUCAGCAAAACUAAUACUAGCACAAUUCAUCAGAAGGGAAUUGAUGAUGAGAGGAAGAAGAAGGUGGUGGUAGAGGAAGUGAAGAAGCAGCUAUGGCUUGCUGGUCCCUUGAUAUGCGUCAGCCUCUUGCAGUUCUGUCUGCAGCUUAUCUCGGUGAUGUUUGUGGGUCACUUAGGCGAGCUGGCUCUCUCCGGCGCUUCCAUGGCCACUUCCUUCGCUUCGGUCACUGGUUUCAGCAUGUUGCUGGGAAUGGCAAGCGCAUUGGAUACCUUAUGCGGCCAAUCUUAUGGAGCAAAGCAGUACCAUAUGCUUGGCAUACACGCACAAAGAGCUAUGCUUGUUCUCUCGCUUGCAAGCAUACCUCUCGCAUUCAUCUGGGCAAACACCGGCACUAUCCUUGUCACACUAGGCCAAGAUCCCGAUAUCUCCCGAGAAGCUGAACUCUACGCCCGUUACAUGAUCCCCAGCAUCUUCGCCUUCGGCCUUCUUCAGUGCCUCGUGAAAUUCCUGCAGACACAGAACAUUGUCUUCCCAAUGAUGAUAGGCGCUGGGAUCACGACUCUGCUCCACCUCCUGGUGUGUUGGAUUCUGGUCUUCAAGUCUGGCCUCGGCGGCAGAGGAGCUGCUCUGGCGAAUUCCAUUUCUUAUUGGGUGAACGUGGUGUUCCUAGCACUCUAUGUGAAGUUUUCUCCGUCGUGUGCGAAGAGUUGGACCGGCUUCUCUAAGGAGGCCUUGCAUAAUAUCCUCCCUUUUUUCAAACUUGCAAUCCCUUCAGCUGUCAUGGUCUGCUUGGAAAAUUGGUCAUUUGAAAUGAUGGUUCUAGCGUCCGGUCUUCUUCCUAAUCCUCAGUUAGAAACCUCGGUGCUUUCUAUCUGCCUUAAUACCGCUUCAACAGUUUGGACGAUCCCGUUCGGACUCGGCAACGCAGUGAGCACGAGGGUGUCGAAUGAACUGGGGGCCGGCAACCCACAAGCAGCGCGAUUGGCAGUAUCCGUUGUGUUAGUCAUGGCCGUUACCGAGGGAGUUUUGGUUGGGGCAGUCCUGAUUCUGAUACGGAACAUAUGGGGCUAUGCUUACAGCAAUGAAUUAGAAGUGGUCAGCUAUGUAGCAGCCAUGAUGCCUAUCCUCGCAAUAUCCAAUCUCUUGGAUGGCCUCCAGUCUGUGCUUUCAGGGAGUGUUAGAGGAUGUGGUUGGCAGAAGGUUGGUGCAUUUGUGAAUCUGGGGUCGUAUUAUCUGGUGGGAAUUCCUUGUGCUCUAUUAUUAGCUUUUGUACUACACAUUGGAGGAAUGGGACUGUGGCUGGGGAUUAUUUGUGCCCUCAUCGUGCAAUCUUUAUCGCUUCUUACCAUUACCUUGCGCAGUAACUGGGAGCAAGAAUCAAAGAAGGCAACAGAACGAGUGUACGACUCUAUGAUCCCUGUGGAGGCAGUAGUGUCAUGAUCAAACUGAAAUGCUACACAGCGGCGGUUCCAAGAAUUUCUAACAGGGUGUUCAAGAAGUUGUUGCUACAACAGUCUUUAUACUACGCGCUAAUUAAACCAGUUGAAAAACUCGAUUUGGCAUGACCAAACGAUCACGAUAUGUUGCACCUUAUGGGGAGCCAAGGAUUGAAGUAAGGUGGAUGCCUAUAAAUGAAGCUAAUUAUGUAUUUAGGAGAAUACCACCACCAUGUUUUUUUUUUUCCCAUCAGUAAGGGAGGGAUUUGGCUGCUUGGAGCAUGAAAUUCGAUAAGGACGACAUUAAUUCCCAUUCUAUAAAUAAUAUCAGGGUUUUUUUUUU